AUGCAAAAAGGAAAAGAAGCCUUGCAUACUGGAUCCAUCUCCGGCGUUGGAUGUCAUCAAGACCAGUGUCAGGUUGCACAGGACGCCAUGAAGUUCGGACCAGAAGGGCACGUCAACUACUCGUCAUUGAGAUUGUCUCAUGCUCUGCACCUACAAUGCCAGGACUUGAGAACGCCAAUUUUCACGCUCUUCACGAAGCUGCAAGCUAAAUUCGAAGACGGACGUGAGGCAGCUGAGUGA